GCGGGGCCUACGCGUCACUGCACUGGUCGGGUUGUUGCAACUCAGGUGUCCCCUAGAGUCAGAGGAAGGCAGCAGUGCGCAGCCAAGCCCUACCAAAUGUCGGGAUUUUUAAAUGUGUCAACCAUUCAUGAAGGAAGCAGAGGACUACUGGGCACUGGAGAUACCAUCCUCUGAGACAAAAAUUGUCUUCAAACUAUGGCUGAUGCCACCUCACUCCAUGUGAAAGAGCUCCCCAAUGCUGAAGUGCAGAAGAACCGCGUACUAACCCUGGAAGAAUGGCAGGGUAGGUGGGUGACCCGUAACAUCGGAUUUCAUCAGGAACAAGGGCAUCGGCUAUUAAAGAAGCAUUUGGAAACAUUCCUUAAAGGCCAGAGUGAACUGAGAGUGUUUUUCCCUCUCUGUGGAAAAGCGGUUGAGAUGAAAUGGUUUGCAGACCAGGGCCACACUGUAGUUGGUGUUGAAAUCAGUGAAAUUGCGAUUCGGGAAUUUUUUACAGAACAGAAUCUUUUGUAUACAGAGAAACCACUUACUGAAAUUGCUGGUGCCAAAGUAUUUAAGAGUUCUUCAGGGAACAUCUCAGUGUAUUGCUGCAGCCUGUUUGAUCUUCCCAGAGUGAAUAUUGGCAAGUUUGACAGGAUUUGGGACAGAGGAUCGUUAGUGGCUAUCAAUCCAGGUGACCACGAUCGCUAUGCAGAUGUAAUACUGUCCCUACUGAACAAAGGGUUUCACUACCUCGUGGCCAUCCUUUCUUAUGAUCCAACUAAACAUGCAGGCCCGCCAUUUUAUGUUCCAGACACUGAACUUAAAAGGUUAUUUGGUAAGAAGUGCAGCAUUCGGUUCCUUGAGGAGGCUGAUGCUUUGGAAGAACGACACAAAGCUUGGGGACUUGAUUACAUUUUUGAAAAAUUGUAUCUCCUUACAGAAAAGUAAAACACAGCUGCUGCUGGUGGCGGCGCAUGCCUUUAAUCCCAGCAUGCGGGAGGCAGGGGCAGGUGGAUCUCUGUAAAUUUCAGGCCA